AUGUCGGAUAAAAUCUCAGCCAUCCAGAGGAAAUCUUUAAUCUCUUUCCGGGAACUGGAUGUAGACACUGAAAUUGAACUUGGAAACUUAUCUGAAUUUGAAGGAUCUGGAAUGAUGUCUAGUUCAGACACAAGGAAUUUAUACAAUUACACGAAGCAAUAUACAAUUUUUCCGGAACCACAACCAGGAAACAAUCUGAGUUAUCUCUCUUUCUUCAGUACACAAAUUCUCUAUUUUUUUGUUUCAGGAGCAGAUAACCCGUGUGUGGACCGUACAUUCGUUGGUCAGACGCUGUAUCGAUGUCUAGGGGACUUCAUGAAGGAGGCGUAUGUCGCCAAAAUAGAACAGCGACAGAUACAGCCGAAGAAGAUGUGCAUGUUAUUUGAAGAUGGCUUCCAGUGUUUUGAAAAGAAACUCCAAAGAGAUAAUGGUGACAUGUGCACUGCGCAUGAUUUAUACGAUAUUGCAUCAUGGUUCAAGACGGAGAUCUUCACGGAUUUUGACGUAGACGUAAGAGGAUGCCCAUAUCCUGAUGUCCCACCGACACCCGUUCCAUCACAAACAUCUGGUCACCCAGUGUUCACAGACGUACGGGAAUCAUCGCAGGUUGCCUUGGUAGCCGGGAUCGUCCUGGGAGUUGCGGUGAUGUCGAUUCUCGUCAUGAUCUUCUUCGUCAUAUUCAAAAGGAGGAUCAUUGGAGCCAGUACUGAUUGUCAUGAGAGCCACUUAGUCAAGAAAAAGACGUCCACGGCUCCACCGCCAGAAUCCACCUUACCGCAACAGUGCCAUGUUAACGUAACAGAUACUCACUCCACCUUGACAGGUCUGGGCUCUGAUCACAGUGUACACCACGGCAGUUAUGAGUCGGUCCCCGCACACCGAGCAUCAUCACAUCAUAUUUACACAGAGAUCGACAGCAUCACCGAGAAGCCUGCGGGGCACAUGGAUGACGUCACUAGGGUAGCUCCGAUUGGCUGUCCUACGUUCAUGAGUGGAUACAUGCCCCCGGAUCUUGCCUACCAAUGGCAGCACGGUGCUCCCCAUCCGGUGAAGGACAUGACGGUGGACUACGUUGCUACAGGUGGAUACUACACCCAUACGCAUGCGCCGGUAUACCAGUCAACAACAGUACCGCUGUGAACGAAUGAUUUGCCAGACGUUCGACCCAUAAAAUAUGUGAUAGACUCGAAUAGUGCCUAAAUGCGCUUGUGAUCGAAUGGUGAACCACAAGUUCCAACCAUAUUGAUAUGUUAUGCUGUGACAGCCGUAAAUGUAAAUAUUUUAUGACUUUUUCUUGUUGCACUCAUUUGCUGUUAUUUAUUGAAAUCCAACUUAAUAUAGAAUAAAAAAAAAUUUAAAAAAC